AUGGACAACGGGAAAACUGUUAUUUUCAGGUUCAAUGCAAGCUUAAUUGCAUAUGCUCAUGGGAUAUUCGCAUAUUCGGCAUUCAUAGCUGCUUUAGUAGUGGGAAGUUGGUUACAUUAUCAUAAAAUUGUACAGAAUUCGUCGUUUGGGUAUCCAGACGAAUGGUUUCCUAGUGUGUCAGCGACCAUUGGCGAUAGGUAUCCGGAGAGGUCUAUUUUCCAGAUCUUGAUUGCUUUGACGGCAGGUCCUCGAUUCUUGUUGUUACUCUUUAACUUCAUUAGGUUGUACAAGAAGAACUCGGUUGUACCAUACGUGGGAUUUGUGUCAGGAGUGGUGAGGACAUUUACGUGUGGUGGAUGGGUUUACAUUACUUCGACUGACGAUCAUGACUGGCACGAUAUUUUCAUGAUCAGUUAUAUUGUGCUUACGAUCCCAUGGACGGUGUGCAUUACGAUCCUUUCGCCAAAAGGGACAACUGUUCGUAGGGGAAGAGCGUUCACAUCAUCGGCAUUUUUCUCCACGUUGGUGCCUUUGGUGUAUUGGUUUGUCCAGCAUAAGGUCCAUGUGAGACCCGGCGCGUACUCGGUCUAUGCGUAUUUCGAAUGGGCAUUGAUAUUGUUGGACGUUGGGUUUGAUGUGUGGUCAGUAAUCGAUUUUGCUGAUAUGGAAAUUGUACUUUACGGUAACGGGUUUGAGUUUAUUACCAGCUCUCCCUCGAAGUCGGUUGCAUCAGUUGUAGCAACAAAAAAAGACUCCAAAAAGACAUUGGAAAACGAUGAAUUUACGUUUUUUGAAUUCCUUGUCAACAGCACCAAUGCAUUUAUGUUCUGGUCAGUUGUCACCUCAUUAUUGUUGUGCGUUUGGUACUUCCCAUUAUGGCACAUGGGUAUUUCAGGAUACGAGGCUGUAAUAGUUUUGUUUUUUGUGGCACCUUUGUUCUUGAUAAUACCUUUCAUCAGAAAUUUCUUCAGUAAUUUCCCAUUCAUCGCAAGAUCUUUAGCGGUAUUAUUUGGUCUUGGAGCAUAUAAAGUCGAAGAACCUACAGAGAGGUUAUUGACUAUAUCUGCGGGUGCGUCAUUUGCAGUUAUUGCUUUUGUUGGAGAAUCCUGGUCAUUAUCAAACCAACCUAAAAAGUUCAAUGCAUACGCUGUUGCGUUUAUUAUUGGUCUUUUAGCCACAUCAGUCGUGAAAUAUGCGUCAUAUUCGAACAAUCCUAUUUGGCCUAUCAUGCACAAGGAAAAUGGUGGCUACAAUAAUGUCGGUAUUUUCGUUGGUUUGGCCUCGGCGUUUUUGACCCCAUCAUUACAUUCAACUACAGUUAAGGUAAGUUCUCAGAGAACAGGAGGUUCCAUUUUCUUAGCUGCUUUAGGAUUUGGUGGAUAUUAUUUUUCAAUUCAAUCGUACUUAAGUGAUUCUUCGACAUUGGCGUUAUGGACUUGGAACGGUUACCCUAUUACAGGACCAACUCCAAUAACUGGUGCUCUUUUCAAUUUCGGGGCUAUAAUCAUAGGUAUAUUAUUAUCAAUUAAAUUACACGCUGAUAUUUUGAGUGGUAAGCUCUACAACUUGGUUAUUGGUGGGGUUAGUGCAUUUGUUUUAUACAAAUAUGAAGGAUGGACUGGUUAUGCUGGUGCAUGUGUCUAUUCCGUUUACAUUUCUUCUAUAUCCCCAAUAAUUUGGCAGUCUACAGUUGGAUACAACCCAGCUAUUUUAUUUUCGCUUGCCUUCUUUUACGAAAUUAUUAUUGCUUUGGCGAGUAUCUGGAUUGUUGCUUAUGCAUUUGUUCCUGGGGGACCAUUAUUGAGAGAAAGAACUGAUAUUAUUUUGUCAGCCUCUUUUAUUAUGAUUUUAUGUGGUGUUUACAAUUAUAAUUUGAGAAAUAAGAGUACCCACAUCACUCGUACAAAGAUUGGUGCUAAGAGAUUAUUUAAGCAAGCCUUAAGUAUAUUAUCGGUAUUGUUAGCAUUGUCAAUUGCUGUUACAUUCAAGAGGUAUCCUACCGGACGUUUCGAGCCUUAUAAUGCUUCCUCAAAAUCAUUUACUGCGGGUAUUUGGUGUGUUCAUUUUGGUUUGGACAACGACAUGUGGUCUAGUGAAGUAAGAAUGAGAGAUUUAAUUAAGGAGGCUGAAGUUGAUAUAAUUGGGUUGUUAGAAAGCGACACCCAACGUUUGAUCGGAGGUAACCGUGACUUUACUCAAACUAUAGCUGAAGAGUUAGGAAUGUAUGCCGAUUAUGGUCCAGGUCCAAAUAAGCAUACCUGGGGUGCUGCAUUAUUAUCUAAAUUCCCUAUUAUUAAUUCAACUCAUCAUUUAUUACCUAGCCCUGUUGGUGAAUUAGCCCCAGCUAUUCAUGCAACCUUAGAUAUUUAUGGAGAAUUGGUCGAUGUUCUUGUUUUCCAUUCCGGCCAAGAGGAGGAUGAAGAAGAUCGUAGAUUACAAAGUUUGGCCCUUGAAGAAAUAAUGAGCAGCUCUCCAAGACCAGCUGUUUUAUUAAGUUAUCUUGUUACGAACCCACAUGAAGGAAACUACAAUACUUACGUGAGUGAAAAGUCCAGAAUGUAUGACAUCGACAGUACCGAUUGGGAUAGAUGGUGUGAAUACAUUUUGUUCAGAGACUUGAAGAAGGUUGCAUAUGCUAGAAUAUCAAGAUCAACUAUUACUGAUACUGAAUUACAAAUCGGAAAAUUCAAGUUAUUAAGUGAAGAUGAGAAGUCUGAAAAUGAUGCAGACUUCUUAUAUGGUAACAAUUUCGUUGAUGAAAGCGAAAUCGAUGAAGAUUUAAGAAUGCCUGAAUUAUUUAGAGGCGAUGGUGUUAGAGGUCAUAGAUACCAUGUUUUUGAUGAACCUCGUUAUUUUGCUCAAUAUAAUUAG